GAUUUUUGUCUUUGUGUGUAGCAAAUCCUGGCGCCUUACACGGACUUCCACUACAGGCACCAUCCCGAAACGACGGACUCCCAGCUCAGGGAGGAUCGUGAGUCAAGAUUUGUCGCAAGUCGAAUGGCAAUUGUGUCAACUUUCAGAUCAUGGGCAGGCCUUGUGUGGCUGUGUCGUCCCAAUGGGUCUGGACUUGACUCCCUCAUCGGCAUCCUGAACAUCCCAGAAGAGGAUGUGAGGCGAGCCGUCCUGGACCUGCUGUUUGAGCUCUUUAGGUUACCAAUUCCCCCGGCCACGGACAACUUCUCAGCAGCCCUCUUAGCCGCCGGUCCAGGGCGGUUCCUGGACGCGUGGAGACUGAGCGACGGAUUCGUGGUUGCCGAGGCGAUGAGCAUCAUCCCUCCACGCAGCCACACCCGACCUGACCUGGUGGAAGUUUACUUGGCACUGAUUCUCAAAGCCUUCAUACAGAACGGACUCCUUCAGACAUUGGUGGAGGUGAUCACUACGAGUGAUGGAGAUGUUUCUGUGCGAGCAACACUACUACUGGGAGAACUUCUGUACAUGGGCAACACCCUCCUGCCUCGGGAGAUCUCUCAAGAAACUCACUGCCUCCCAUCACUGGUGGAACAGGCGGCUGGAGAUCAAGAUCGUACACGCAGGCAGCGAGCCUGCCUGGCCAUCUCUCGCCUGCAGCGUCUCCACUCCCUCCACCGACGUAGGCCAAAGCCUAACAGCCUCUACCUGGAUGCCCUCCUCACCCGCUCGCUCACCUCCGCUCACCACCACGCUCACCACCACGCUCACCGCCACCACCACCACCAGCAGCACCAGCAGCGCCAUCAGCAGCACCAGCAGCAUCAGCAUCAGCAGCAGCAUCAUCAUCAUCAUCAGCAGCUGAUGUCCGGCCAGCAGGGUUCGCUAGGCCGGCCCUGGGCCCACCACCACCACCACCACCACUACUCAUCCUACACCACCUCGCCCGGAUUGGCGCUAGGCGCUCACCAUCACGGGCAGGCGGUGAAGGCCUUGCUGCCUCCCAAGGUGAGCGGUCAGGUCAAUAGGUCAGUAGGUCGGUCAGUCAGUAGGUCAGUCAGUCACUCGGUCAGUCACUUGGUCAGUCAGUUGGUCAGUCACUUGGUCAGUCACUUGGUCAGUCACUUGGUCAGUCACUUGGUCGGUCACUUGGUCAGUCACCCGCCCAGCCAGCAGGGCUGGCUAGGCCGGCCCUGGGCCCACCACCACCACCACUACUCAUCCUACACCACCUCGCCCGGACUGGCGCUAGGCGCUCACCAUCACGGGCAGGCGGUGAAGGCCUUGCUGCCUCCCAAGGUGAGCGGUCAGUAGGUCAGUAGGUCAGUAGGUCAGUCAGUCAGUAGGUCAGUCAGUCACUUGGUCAGUCAGUCACUUGGUCAUUCGGUCGGUCAGUCGAUCAGUCAGU